AUGGCCACUGCCAAUCCUAUAAGUAGUAGUUGCCAAAGCAUUACCACCGUUAGUUUGGGCAAUGUUGCGGUUGCAACUAGUACUGCAGGCGGAAGUUUACGUACGGGCAAUGGUAACGGAAAUACCACCCAUUAUGUCAUGGGCACCGGCAGUCUGGGACGUUUAAAAUAUCACAACAAACACAAAAGUCUAGACGCCAGCGAUGAAGAGUUGGAAUAUUCUCAGUUGUCACAGUCGACCCAUAUUCUGGGGCGAGUCAAGUCCGAACGCUUUCUGGCAUCUAAAGUGGAUGAAGAUCGUCGACGUCGCACAAUAAUUGUGGAAAAGAAAAAUGAUUCGUUUGGCUUUACACUGCAGAGUUAUGGCAUACAUUACAAAAAAGAUCAGGAGGUGGAAAUGAUUACCUAUGUGGAUUAUGUGGAAUACGAUGGACCAGCUUAUAGAGCCGGCAUGAGAGAAGGCGAUGUUAUACUCUCGAUUAAUGGCCGUGACAUGGAGAAAGCCGAUCAUAAGACUUUAGUCGACUACAUCAAGAGUUGUGAUACUCGCAUGAGAAUGGUUGUACUCUACGAGGACUGUGUGCGCAAGGUUGAACUACAUAUGCGUUACAUACAAUUGCAAAAUAUGUUGCAAAAUAAAAUGAAUGAAUUGGAAAAGAUAUGCAUACGAGAAAGAGAGCUUUUGGAAGGCAAGUGGAAAACACACAGCUUGCCAGCACGCAAGAAAGCCACAACUUCGCCCACAGAUGGUACAGAAACUGGCAAUUCUCCCACAGAUGCUGAAUUGAAUUUACCGUAUUACCGUUCAACACUCUCCACCGAAGACGUAACUAAUAUUGCACGUCAAACACAGCAGACAAUAAUACCACCACCAGCUCAGUUUAUGUUGUCGUAUCACUAUUUUGAUCCUCACUAUCGUUAUGUGAUGAAACCUUCCACAUCGACCAACAGUAGCGGAGAUUGUUUUGUAACAAUUGGUGAACCCUUGACUAGGGCAGAAUCGGGAGACACUACAACAGCACCGGCCACAUCAACACACUUUAGCAGUCAAAGACGUGCCAGCAAUUCACAGCCACCGGCACCUCCACCACGAACUUGUGAAAAACAUAAACCACCAAAUAAGCCACAGCAGCAGCAGCAGCAACAACAACCACACCAGCAUCAAGCGCACAAACAGGAUUUAAAUAGUGUCCACAAAUCCUCCAAGACGGGCAAACAUUGUCAUGGUCAUUCCUGCAAUCCUUGCAUAGACUUUAGAUGGAAAUCAGCCGAAAAAUCAGCAGCAGCUGCCGCAGCGGCUGGUAAUGGCGAUAAUGUUAGCUUGGAUGCCUAUGAUCUGGCCAGUCCAUGUUGCGAUACACAUUGUGUGCCAUCUCGGCGACGCACUCGCCACCAUCACAAAGAACACACACACAAGCACAAACAUCGAGAUCGUGAUCGAGAGCAUGAAGCCAAGGAAAGACCACCACGACCGAAGUCACAGUCACAUGUGAGUUCGGGGACAACCAGACACCAUCAUCACCAUCAUGUCACUGCGGAUGCUGGCCAACAUCAACACCACUAUUACGAACAUCAACAACAGCAGCAGCAGCAACAACAACAGCCAGCACAGCACCACCAUCAUCAAAAGUCACACGGCUGUGAUUCUCAUACUGGCAGUAUACGAUCACGUUACUUUGAUAUUGCCUCGGGUCUGGCUAGUCGUUGCAGUUUGCACUCGUGUACAUCGAGCGAGUUUGCACCAGCCGAUUCGGCCUCAUAUACCACUUCCAUUAGCACCGAUACUCUUUUCUACGAUCCAAACAGCGAAAAUCCAGCAACUUCUCGCCAACAUUCCACCAAAUCUAGGCAAUCUUGUCAACAACAGCAGCAGCCACAGCAACAACAGCCGCAGCAGGCACAACAGCAACCACAAGGCUAUCACCAUUCACAUCAUCAGCAUCAACAUCACCAACCACAACAGCCACAGCAGGCAUCUCAACAGCAGCAGCAGCAACAACAACAGCAGUACAUGCAACAUGCAAUGUAUCAGCAACGAUAUCACAUAACCGCAACACAGGUCCAACCAGCUCAAAUUUAUCCAAACUCCGCUUAUGUGCACAAACCAAAAUCAUGGGAUAAUCUAACGGCCGCCAAUAUUGGUGCCUAUGGCUACGGUUACGGCUAUCUGGACACAGUGGCUGUGAAACCCGUGGUUAACUUACAAAUAGCCCAACAACGUCAUUCUAUACCACGCAAAAAUCCCUAUGGACGCUAUUCAACUUACACCGAUGUUGAGAACUAUGCGCCACCACCCACAGAAUUCGUGGAGCAGGUAACCACCACAACCACGACAAUUACAGCCAAAUCAACCGAGGAACUUAUAGCCACUUCCCAUAGUGGUUGCGAUUGCAUGACACCCAAACAACAUCAGCAGGCCAUUAAACUUGCUCAAUUGCAACUCAAUCAAAAUCAACAAGCUUCUCAGCACAACAACUGUCAAAUGGGCUACUAUUCGCAUUUGGCACAACCGAAAAUUGAUGCUACCACUUCUACAGCCGCACAAAAUGCGCCCUCCAAUGCCAGUGCCAGUGCAGUUAAUGCUGCGACCAAUGCCAAUGCUGCAGUUGGUACGAGUACCACUGCCAAUGCCAGUGGUUCGAAUGUGGCAACUGUCACCGAAGUAACACGUUUGUAG